CUUCUCUCUCUUCUCCCUCUCUCUUUCGCAAUAUAUAUUUAUUUCUUCGCAAUUUUAAAAUUCAGCAUGAUUUCAUCACUAUUGAACUUCUCAUUAAUAUAACCCCAAGAAGCUUUAGGAAUUUUGGGAAUGGUGAAGCUCUUAGUUUAGUGGUCGCUUCUUCUUCUCCUUCUUUCUGGGUAGGAUAUGGAUUACACGCAGUUUGGUGAGUUUGAUGUGAGGAGAGAAGGCAGAGAUUUCUCAAGCAUGGAUUUUAGCUGGUGUUUGAGCUCUUCUUCAACUUCAAUCACGUCUUCUCUUGUACAUUUCCUUCUUUUUGCGUCUUUGCUUUGUUGCCCUGUCCUUUGUUCAUCAGAAAUGAACAGCAACAACAACCUCGGAGUGGUGAACCAGACGUUUCGCCCACACCAAGAGGUCCAGAAGUUGAGGGCCAUAAGAACUCGUCUUCAACAGAUCAACAAGCCCCCUGUUAAGAUAAUUCAGAGUCCUGACGGUGAUAUCAUAGAUUGUGUUGUGUCUCAUCAUCAACCGGCUUUCGAUCAUCCCAUGUUAAGAGGACAGAAACCACUGGAUCCUCCAGAGAGACCAAAAGGGCAUGAGAAAAGGGAUAUGUUAGGUGAGAAUUUCCAGCUAUGGAGGUUGUCUGGUGGAUCAUGUCCAGAAGGAACGAUUCCGAUCAGAAGAACAAGAGAAGAAGAUGUGCUGAGAGCAAGCUCUGUUCAAAGAUUCGGAAGGAAAUUGCCAAAGCCUGUUAGAAGAGACACCAACACAAACGGACACGAGCAUGCCGUAGGGUAUGUGAGUGGAGACGAGUACUAUGGAGCAAAAGCAAGCAUAAACGUGUGGGCCCCAUCUGUGGCGAAUCAAUAUGAAUUCAGUUUGUCUCAAAUCUGGGUCAUCUCUGGUUCUUUUGGGGACGAUCUCAACACCAUUGAAGCUGGCUGGCAGGUCAGCCCAGAGCUGUAUGGAGAUAACUACCCCAGAUUCUUUACUUACUGGACGGUGAGUAAAUUUAAUAUAGUGAUGCAUUAUCAAGCAACAGGGUGCUACAAUUUAUUAUGCUCUGGCUUUGUUCAAACCAACAACAAAAUUGCAAUUGGGGCAGCAAUCUCACCCACUUCUUCCUAUAAUGGUGGACAAUUUGACAUUAGCUUAGUCAUUUGGAAG